AUGGGUGCGUGUCGGGAAGCGCUGAAAGAGAGCGGUGAAUUGGAAGAGGCGGUGGAAUGGUUGAAGAAGCGUGGCGUGCGAUCCAUGGAGAAGCGUGCUGCAGAAUCGAUGGAAGCACUUCUCUCCCUGGGCCUUGACAAAAACGGGGUUAUCGUGGAGCUAAGGGCUGAGACGGAUUUCGUGACCCGGAACGAGCUCUUUCAGCAGACCCUGAGGCACCUCGCGAAGAUGCUUGCGGCGGAGCCUGAGACAGCGGACGCAGGUAUUGAGGCCGCACUGGCAAUGAGAGUGGCAGAUGGUCCGGAGAGGCCUUCGCAACUUCGCGAGGGAGCACCUCUUUCUGAAGCCUUGCUGGAGCUUGGAAGUGUACUGGGCGAAAAACUCGUCCUCGCGAAUGUGCACUUUUUGAAGGCCCCUGCGGAAGGAGUCGUUGCAGGAUACGUGCACCCAAAAUUUGCAGACAGCCUUUCGGGCACUGGUCGGAUGGCUGGUUUGGUGUCAGUGAGUGGUGGCAGGUGCGAUUCUGGUGCCUUGCACCGAAUCGCUUCGCGGUUGGCGCGCCAUGUCGUGGCUGCGCAGCCACGAUUCCUACACGUCGGCAGUGUGCCGGCCGGGGGCUCAAGCAUUCGCCUGUUUUUGUCUUGCUUGGCGGCAUCUGUGUCUUGUUGUUGGAGUGAACUGUGUCUGGGUAGUUGUCCCGGUGCCAUUGCAAAUCUACAGUUUACAACCACAGGCUAA